UCAAGAGCAAGAAGAAACGGUAAGUUUAUUGAAAAAAUUGGCACUUACAACCCUAUAACAAUUCCAGCUACUAUUGAUAUAGAUGUAGAUCAAGCUCUUAAAUGGUUAGAGAACGGAGCUCAACCUACAGAUACAUGCAAAAAAAUUCUUUCAUACAAAGGGGUUUUAUAUAAAAAACAUUUAAAAGGAGGGGUAGCAAAAGGUGCUUUUGAUGAGCAAGAAAUGGAAAAGAAAUUUAAUGAUUGGGUUGAAGCAAAAGAAAAAAUAGCUAAUGAAAAAAUAGCUUCAUUAGAACAAAAAAAACAAGAUUUUAAGAACGCUCAAAUCGAAGCUGCAAAAAAAGCAAACGCUGAAAAAAUAUUAUCACAACAAACUUCUGAAGAAAGUGCUCAUCCAGACGAUGUGGAAUUAGGUUGUGGUGCAACGGUUGCGAAAUAUACAAACAAGGGCAUGUCUGUCGGUAUUUUAGAUUUAACACAAGGUGAAUUAGGUACUCGUGGAAAUGAAUUUACACGAAAACAAGAAGCAGAAAAAGCAGCUGAAAUAUUAAAAGUAAAAAUACGAUAUAAUCUAAAAUUUAAAGAUGGUUUUUUUAUAGAUGAUAAAGAACACCAAUUAAAGAUUAUUCAAAAAAUAAGAGAAUUUCAACCGGAUAUUGUAUUAGCAAAUGCUAUAAAUGAUAGACAUCCGGAUCAUCCCAAAGCAGGAAAAUUAAUUUCUACAGCCUGUUUUUUAAGUGGUUUGACAAAAAUAGAUACAAAUCAAAAAGCUUGGAGACCAAAACAUGUCUUUCAUUAUAUUCAAUGGGAUAACCUAAAACCAGAUUUUGUAAUAGAUAUUUCUGAAUAUAUUGACAUAAAACUUAAAGCUUGCUUAGCAUAUAGUACCCAAUUUUAUAAUCCACAAUCAUCAGAACCAGACACUCCGAUAACUUCAAAAAACUUUGAAGAAAGUAUUGUUUAUAGAGCAAAAGAUUUGGGGAGAUUAAUUGGAACAAAUGCC